UAUUUCUACUUCCUUCUUCUUCAUCACUUCCAUUUUCUUCUCUCAAUUCCAAUCCCCACCUCUAAUGGCCGCAACCACCACCCCCCUUCUUUCAUAAACCCCAAAUGGGCAAAGCCUUCAAAUGGUUCCGCGGCCUUCUCCGUCUCAAGAAACCACACCCAUUUCUCAAUCCUUCUCCUACUAAUUCGAAGCUCAACAACCUCAAAUGCCACUUCAAGGAUAACGAGAAAACCCACCACCAUGACCCCCCCGUCACCUUCCCUCCCAUCGUCAAGAUCACCACCACCCGACGGACGACGCCCACGGCGGACCCUAACUCUGCUGCCAUCAAAAUCCAGGCUGCAUUUCGUGGAUUUCUGGCAAGGAAGGCAUUAAGGGCACUAAGAGGGUUGGUGAGACUUCAGGCAUUGGUUCGAGGCCAUAUCGAGAGGAAGCGAACAGCCGAAUGGAUAAAGAGGAUGCAGGCAUUACUGAGAGCACAAGCACGGGCACGAGCAGGACGGAGUCAAUCUUCUUUCGAUUUCUUGCAUUCGGAUAUCAAAUUUUCCAGCUUCUCUUCUAUUGAUCCUGUUACCCCAGAAAAAUUUGAGCACAGCCCACAUACUAAGAGCACUAGGUUUAAACAGAUGCAGAGGAGUGGCUCAAGAUUUACAACUAUUGAUGCUGAAAACAUUGAUAGAAUCCUUGAAAUUGAGAAUGAAAAAGCUCACUUUAAGUUGAAACCCAAGAGCCUUUUUAGUUCCAUCAAGAAUGCUCUAUCUUCUUCUGAUGUGCCUUCAAAAGAGCCUCCAAGUUCAUUUUCCUGUGAAACCCAAUGUUUUAGUCCAUUUAAAUUCUCUCAUGAAGUUGAGGAGAACUCUUUCUUUUCUGUCUCAUCAAGGGGUGGUAGUACAAAGAAAAGCCCCUUCACUCCGGCUAAGAGUGACAGUACGAGAAGCUAUUUCAGUGGCGACUCUGAAUAUCCGAGUUACAUGGCCUGUACUGAAUCUUCAAGAGCCAAAAUGAGAUCUCAUAGCGCUCCAAGACAGCGUCCUCAGUAUGAAAGAUCGAGUUCUGCAAAACGGGGUUCUGCUUUCAUUGUUGGCGAAUCGAGACUAACUGCACAGCAGGUAUCAACAUUGCGGUCUAAUUUUAUCGGGAAAGCCUACCCCGGUUCUGGUCGACUGGACAAACUUGGGAUGCCUGUGGGUUACAGAUACUGAUGCCUCUAAUAUUUCUCUUCUUCAUCUCCUACUUCACUAGCGUAGUAGCCUUAUUUUGCUAACUUAUAUUAGUAGUCAGUCCUAAUAAUGAAUAUGUGAAAAUCUGAUUGGAACUUUGAGAGCUGGAAACGGUCAAGUUUAUAAUCCUAGAACUAGAAAGUCAUUAUCACUGUUCUUAAAAUUGUCUGUUUAGUAUUGUCUGUUUACAUGGUAA